UGCCCAGAACUGGCAAAUAUUAACUUUGUUAAAGACUUUGUUUGGUGUAUUUCUUUAUCUCCCAGUGUGAGUUAACUAACAGUUUAGAGAUGAUGAGAUUAAGUCUAGCUAUUAUAUACCUUUGGAUAUGCACAAAUGUUGAUGCUACGCCAAAACCAGAAUGUCCUCCUGAGCUCCCAAAAGAAGACAAUGCUGAAAUUUCUCCUGACUUCGUUAAAACCAGCUACAGCGCCGGGGAUAAAAUACAGUACACCUGCAAAGCUGGCUACACCUCUAAGUUGGAAAUCGGAUAUGUAUGUAGUGACCACAAAUGGACACAGGAUCAUAAAGGAGAAUGUAUAAUUUCAGAUAUAUCAUGCACAACACCUGACAUACAACAUGGAACUGUUAAGGAGGUGAAAGAUAACAAGAAAGAUGACACAUUAAAAUAUGAAUGUGAUCCAGGAUAUAAACCCGGGCAAGAAACUCCCAAGUGCACUGAACAGGGCUGGAGUCCGGUGCCAACAUGUGUAGCUGAAAGUUCAGAAUGUCCUCUUGAGCUCCCAAAAGAAGACAAUGCUGACGUUUCUCCUGCCUCCCUUAAAAACAGCUACAGCGCCGGGGAUAAAAUACAGUACACCUGCAAAGCUGGCUACACCUCUAAGUUGGAAAUCGGAUAUGUAUGUAGUGACCACAAAUGGACACAGAAUCAUAAAGGAGAAUGUAUAAGUUCAGAUAUAUCAUGCACAACGCCUAACAUACAACAUGGAACUGUUAAGGAGGUGAAAGAUAACAAGAAAGAUGACACAUUAAAAUAUGAAUGUGAUCCAGGAUAUAAACCCGGGCAAGAAACUCCCAAGUGCACUGAACAGGGCUGGAGUCCGGUGCCAACAUGUGUAGCUGAAAGUUCAGAAUGUCCUACUGAGCUCCCAAAAGAAGACAAUGCUGACGUUUCUCCGGCCUCCCUCAAAAUCAGCUACAGCGCCGGGGAUAAAAUACAGUACACCUGCAAAGCUGGCUACACCUCUAAGUUGGAAAUCGGAUAUGUAUGUAGUGACCACAAAUGGACACAGAAUCAUAAAGGAGAAUGUAUAAGUUCAGAUAUAUCAUGCACAACACCUGACAUACAACAUGGAACUGUUAAGGAGGUGAAAGAUAACAAGAAAGACGACACAUUAAAAUAUGAAUGUGAUCCAGGAUAUAAACCCGGGCAAGAAACUCCCAAGUGCACUGAACAGGGCUGGAGUCCGUUGCCAACAUGUGUAGCUGGAAGUUCAGAAUGUCCUACUGAGCUCCCAAAAGAAGACAAUGCUGACGUUUCUCCGGCCUCCCUUAAAAACAGCUACAGCGCCGGGGAUAAAAUACAGUACACCUGCAAAGCUGGCUACACCUCUAAGUUGGAAAUCGGAUAUGUAUGUAGUGACCACAAAUGGACACAGAAUCAUAAAGGAGAAUGUAUAAUUUCAGAUAUAUCAUGCACAACACCUAACAUACAACAUGGAACUGUUAAGGAGGUGAAAGAUAACAAGAAAGAUGACACAUUAAAAUAUGAAUGUGAUUCAGGAUAUAAACCCGGGCAAGAAACUCCCAAGUGCACUGAACAGGGCUGGAGUCCGGUGCCAACAUGUGUAGCUGAAAGUUCAGAAUGUCCUACUGAGCUCCCAAAAGAAGACAAUGCUGACGUUUCUCCUGCCUCCCUUAAAAACAGCUACAGCGCCGGGGAUAAAAUACAGUACACCUGCAAAGCUGGCUACACCUCUAAGUUGGAAAUCGGAUAUGUAUGUAGUGACCACAAAUGGACACAGAAUCAUAAAGGAGAAUGUAUAAGUUCAGAUAUAUCAUGCACAACGCCUAACAUACAACAUGGAACUGUUAAGGAGGUGAAAGAUAACAAGAAAGAUGACACAUUAAAAUAUGAAUGUGAUCCAGGAUAUAAACCCGGGCAAGAAACUCCCAAGUGCACUGAACAGGGCUGGAGUCCGGUGCCAACAUGUGUAGCUGGAAGUUCAGAAUGUCCUCUUGAGCUCCCAAAAGAAGACAAUGCUGAUGUUUCUCCUGCCUCCCUUAAAAACAGCUACAGCGCCGGGGAUAAAAUACAGUACACCUGCAAAGCUGGCUACACCUCUAAGUUGGAAAUCGGAUAUGUAUGUAGUGACCACAAAUGGACACAGAAUCAUAAAGGAGAAUGUAUAAGUUCAGAUAUAUCAUGCACAACGCCUAACAUACAACAUGGAACUGUUAAGGAGGUGAAAGAUAACAAGAAAGAUGACACAUUAAAAUAUGAAUGUGAUCCAGGAUAUAAACCCGGGCAAGAAACUCCCAAGUGCACUGAACAGGGCUGGAGUCCGGUGCCAACAUGUGUAGCUGAAAGUUCAGGUAGUCAAAACAGAUGCGCUGACUGUAAAGGUUCAAAGGGAGCUAAAGAAAGCCCUUCUAAAACUACUCAAAACAGAAGGCCCUGUAAAAACAGAGGGAGGGAGAUAUCAUGCACACCGCCUGACAUACAACAUGGGACUGUUAAGCAAGUGAAAGAUUACAAGAAAGACGACACAUUACAAUAUGAUUGUGAUCCAGGAUAUAAACCCAGGCAAGGAACUCCUAAGUGCACUAAACAGGGCUGGAGUCUGCAGCCAAAAUGUGAAGAAAAGACAGAUUCUUGCAAUACACCAACUGUGGAAAAUGGGUACAUACACACAGACCGCUCAAAACAGAGAAUGAUCUAUUAUACAUGCAAUCCGGGUUAUAAACCAGACACUGCGACCUGUUGGAAAGCUGCGACGUGUGUCAAAGGGAUCUGGAGGAAUGUCCCACGAUGCAUCAAGGUGGAUGAGUGUGGUGCUUUGCCCAGUAUUCAACACGGAAAGCUGAUCACCAAACAAUCUGCAGUACAGAUUGAAUGUGAUCCAGGGUUCGAACCAUCAAACACAGUGAUCAGAUGCGUCAGGGGUGCAUGGCAGACACCCACCUGUGAAUCUUUCUGUUCAAAUCCUCAUCAGGAAGUAAACAAUGCUAAACUGAUUGAUAAAAUCCGAGGUGAGGGGAAAUAUUCACAUGGAGACACUGCACGCUAUGAGUGUUAUGAGGAUCAUGAAUGUCAUGGACCAACCAUUGCUAAGUGUGAUACACAAACCUGGAUUUACCCAGAAUGCACUAAAAAAGGUCAAUGUACCAAACCGACAGUGGACGUGCAGUUUGUGACCCUGUUAGAUGAGAAAAAGACAUUCAAUAACCUUGAAGUUUUGAGAUACAAGUGUAAUAAACCGUAUGAUAAAAAACCAAACGGAGUCUUGAUUUGUAAAGAUGGAAAAUGGGACGGCACGUUUGACUGCACAAGUGGCGUUUGUCCUGCACCACCUAUGAUUGAACAUGGAGACUUUAAAGUCGAGCAGAAGACGGGUGAAGUUGUCACAUCGGUAUCGUACACUUGCCAGCCUUAUUUCGAACUGAACAAACAACAAAGAUAUUACAGGUGUCUGAAUGGGAAAUGGGAGACCCCUCCAGCAUGUCUGAAGCCUUGCAAAAUUACACCUGACAUUUGCAAGGAGCACAAUAUAAAACCUGUCAAAGAUGACCACAUGAGGCACAGUGACAAAGACUUCAAGCUUCACUGUAAGGAUGGAUGGAACGUCGGAGGUUCUUUGGGACAUUCUCAUUCAAAAGCAUGGUGCAAAGAUGGGGAGUUAAAAAUUGAGGGUAAAUGUACAUCAAGAAACAAGCAUGGAUAAAAUAAACCAAAGAGGAAACACUGAGACAUGAAGAUCUUUAAUGUAUCCAGAGCAUGAAGAUGGACAGACACACAAACAGAUUUAUGACCACCGUGGCUUCAGUUUACAAACUUAUGAAAUAAUAAAAUGAUUCAAUAUAUUCUUUCUAAAAAUCAUGCUUAUAUGUUCUUGCUUUAGAAUAAAGCAUUAAAUUCAAACAAUGA